AUGACCCUGAAGAUCAGCUUCACUUCUCCCAAGCGCCAGGAAUACGUCGUUGAUGAACAGAGAAGACGGAGCUAUGCCGUAGCUUUCCACAUGUCUAUGGAGUGGGGAGAAUCAUAUAUCAGAGUCAAAUCAUAUAGGAGCUAUUGUGGAAAUUCCUCCGUAAUAUUAUGGGAAGCAACCUCCUCGCCUCAGCGUUUCCCUAACUUGGGUGCAGAGACUUCACGCAUCCUCCAUCAACUGCAUAAAUUCCAAGACUGUCAAGUGGAGAGGGUGUCAGAUGAGGUGAAUGUUAUUGCUGUUGAGAUUGCUGUAAGUGUAACUAAGGACGUCGGUACCAAUCGUAUAGAGCGAGGGGUGGUCCUAGUUGGGUGUCGUCUUCCUUGA